AACCGCUUCCAUAAAAGAUGGGGAAAAGUGAGCGGGGAAGGCGACAGCUCUGCAACUCGGCGCUCAAAAUUAGUAGGAGCCUAUCGCCUGCAACUGCAACAAAUCGCCUCCAGCUUCUCUGCCGCCGUUCCCUUCGCCUCCCUCCUCUCGGCCAACCGCCCUUCUCUCCCCCUCUUCGGCUCUUCCACCGCCUCGCAAAAACCAGCUCCCCAUAAAUAUCAAGGAACUGAGAGAGAGAGAGAGAGAGAGAGAGAGAGAGAGAGAGAGGUGAAUCCAAUUCAGUCGUCUUGGAACAGAUUCUUCUUCGUGGAGCAAGAAUCUGAUUUGCACUGCUGCUUGCGAGGUUUUUGCCGCCAUAGUUGAUAUGUUCUUGUUCCAGUGAGAGAGAAUUACGAGAGGAAAAGGAACAAAAAGAAAAAAGAGCGAGGAAAAACGCAGAUUUUUGUCCAUAGUCGGAGGCUCGAUUGUUCUUAUCCCCACGGGCGCAGGAUUUGACCAACUUGUCGUCUCUGCCGCAGCCCAUUCGCACAUCCUUCCGGCGCCCACAGAAAGGCCGCUUUGUCUUCUGAAGGAGGCGGCGUAUCGUUGCUGCCGACCGCCCCGGCCGCUUCAGUCUGAAUUAGAAUUACCACAAGCAUGGCCGGGACCGACAACCGCAGAGCAUUGAUGGAGGAUUGGAUGCUUCCUUCACCCAGCCCAAGAACACUGAUGUCAAGCUUCUUGAACGAAGAAUUCAGCUCUGGUCCAUUCUCCAGCAUCUUUGGUGACAAUAGCAGUAACAAACCACAGGAUGGAAUUGAUAAGAGCAAAACUUUUGCGGAUCCGAGCGUUGAAGAAACUGUACAAGAUACAAAAGCCCCUCUGCAGCUUGAAUCAAACCUUUUUAGCACAAAUCAGAAAUCAACCUCACAUGGAGGUCUUGCAGAGAGGAUGGCUGCCAGGGCCGGUUUUGGAGUCCUGAAAAUUGACACAUCUCGUGUCAGUUCUUCUGCGCCAAUUCGGUCUCCUGUGACAAUACCACCAGGUGUGAGUCCAAGGGAGCUUCUGGAGUCACCAGUUUUUCUACCCAAUGCCAUUGCACAACCUUCUCCUACGACCGGCAAAUUGCCUUUUCUGAUGCCUAAUAACUUUAAAUCAAUGAUAUCCUCGGUACCGAAGAAGGCUGAAGAUCAAUCGCAAGAUGAUUGUGCAUUUUCCUUCCAGACUAUUUUGAGGUCUAAGCCCCCAAGUUUUUCAACUGUGGACAAGGGUUUAAGUGCAUUUCACCAAAACCAGUCCCUAAAUGAUAGUCAGCAGGAAUUAAGUCUCCAGGCUAGCACAACUGCAACCAAGGAUGAAAAUGAGGAAAAUCUUGUUAAACCUAGCACAUGUGAUUCCAUGUUAGACAACGAUCAUCCAUCCCCUGCCGAUGAACAGGUAGAGAGUGAGCAAAACCAAAAUGGAGAAGAUUCUUCCGUAUCAGUUAUCACACCUGCUGAGGAUGGAUAUAACUGGAGAAAAUAUGGACAAAAGCAAGUGAAGAAUAGUGAGCACCCAAGGAGCUACUACAAAUGCACUCACCCAAAUUGCCCUGUCAAGAAAAAGGUGGAGCGUUCUCAAGAGGGUCAUAUAACGGAGAUAGUCUACAAAGGUUCCCACAGUCACCCUUUGCCGCCUCCCAACCGCCGGCCAAGUGUCCAGUCAUCACACGUCAAUGAUUUGCAAGCUGAUGGCUCUGAGAACUUUCGUUCCAAACCUGGUCAUAACACAGAAACGUCACGGGGAAUGGCUCUAAAUGACCACUUAGAUGUGCACAGUGGAGGUCUUGAAAGAAAUCUGUCUGGUUCUCUUACCACAACAGAGAUUGCUGAUACAUGUGUUAUGGAGUCCCAAGAAGCUGUAGAUGUCUCAUCAACAGUCUCAUCCAUUGAGAAAGAUGACAGGGCAACCCAUGGCACCAUUCCCUUAACCUAUGGUGGGGAUGAAGAUGAGACUGAAUCUAAAAGAAGGAAGAUGGAGGUUUCUGCCACUACUAACACUACCACCAAUGCCUUUGACAUGGCAGCUAUGGCAUCAAGAGCUGUCCGGGAACCUCGGAUUGUUGUGCAGACCACAAGUGAGGUUGACAUCCUUGAUGAUGGUUACCGCUGGCGCAAGUAUGGGCAGAAAGUUGUCAAAGGAAAUCCAAACCCGAGGAGCUACUAUAAAUGCACUUACGCAGGCUGCUCAGUGCGCAAGCAUGUGGAGAGAGCCUCAAAUGAUCUCAAGUCUGUGAUCACCACCUAUGAGGGCAAGCACAACCAUGAAGUUCCAGCUGCCAGAAACAGCAGUGGGCAACCGAACUCCAGUUCCGGUGCUGCGCCACAGGGUAGCAACCUUCACCGGAGGCCAGAACAGGCACAACCCAGCAUCCCACAGUUGAGCGCUGCUGGUGCCUACGGCUCACUUUGUCUCCCACCGCAACUCAGCGCAACUUCAGGCGGUUUCUCCUUCGGAAUGCUCCCUCCUGGCAUGGCAGUACCAGUACCAUCUCUGAGAACUUUCAUGCCAGCAUCAGUACCUGGCCAUCCUCCAAAAAUGCAGGGUUGUGCAGGGCUUGUCCUGCCAAGAGGUGAGGUGAAGGUGAACCCAGAUGAGCAGUCCCAAUUGCAGGUGGGAAACGGGAAUGCUAUGGCAGCUUACCAGCAGUUCAUGGGCAGAUUGCCUUAGGGCCCUCAGAUGUAAAUAACAAAGGUGGUGAGAUAGGUGUGUUUCUUCUUGUGUACAUAGACGAUUUGAAUGUUCUGUGGUUCCUUCUAUUGUAGUUCCUUCGUUUGCUUUCGGCCUUGUUUUGUUGAAUAUUUGCUUUCAGCCUUUAGUGCAGAUGAUUGUAGUAUUAAGCAGAAAGAGGAAAAGGGGGGAAGGAGGCAACAUCUGAAUUUGGUGAGCAAACCUUGGUUUUGCUGUUAUAUUAAUCGAAUUAUUCAGAAGGUCCACAAUAUUUGUUUUCUGGUAGUGUUGUAAGUUGUAACUGUCCAAAGAUUUGAGGUCACCCCAGACUCUGGCCAGAGUUUUUCUGACUGGUUAUUCUUUUUAGUUUUGAAGAAAAUUUCUGUCAUGUGA